UCCUUUUUGACAUAACCUAGUUAUAUUUUAUUUUAUUUCCAAUUCUUAUCACUCAGCCAAAAUGGCUAGUGCGAUAGUCAAUAUUUUGCUUAAAAAGCCAGCUGCCUUAAAUGGCUCAAAAAGUUUACUUCAAAAUGCCGGAGUACUUUAUAGCAUUCAACCUCAACAACGAGGAGCUGCUAAAUGGUUUCCAGACCCAGAAUUCAUGAAACAAUUCUCUGGCCCAGUAAUGUAUCCAGAUGAAACUACUUCAAAAUGGAAAUUACCGCCAUGGAAUGCUAAACUUCCUCCAGUUGAGAAAGGAGUUAAGAAUCUUACGUUAAACUUUGGGCCUCAACAUCCAGCUGCCCAUGGUGUAUUACGUUUAGUUUUAGAACUUGAUGGAGAGACUGUAGUUCGAUCAGAUCCCCAUAUUGGAUUGUUGCAUCGUGGUACUGAAAAAUUGAUCGAAUACAAAACUUACACUCAAGCACUUCCCUAUUUCGAUCGAUUAGAUUACGUUAGUAUGAUGUGUAACGAGCAAUGUUACAGUUUAGCUGUAGAAAAAUUACUAAACGUUGAUAUUCCUCUUCGAGCGAAGUAUAUUAGAACUUUAUUCGCUGAGAUUACACGAAUUUUAAACCAUAUCAUGGCUGUGGGUACACAUGCUUUGGAUGUUGGUGCAUUAACACCAUUUUUCUGGCUGUUCGAAGAACGUGAAAAAAUGAUGGAAUUUUAUGAACGUGUAUCGGGUGCUCGUAUGCAUGCAGCUUAUAUUCGUCCAGGCGGUGUUAGUUUAGAUAUGCCCAUUGGUCUUAUGGAUGAUAUUUAUGAGUUUGCAUCGAAAUUUGGUGAACGGUUGGAUGAAGUUGAAGAUGUUUUGACCACUAACCGAAUUUGGGUACAAAGAACAGAAAAUAUUGGUGUUGUUUCAGCUGAAGAUGCUUUAAAUUAUGGUUUCAGUGGCGUAAUGCUUCGUGGCUCUGGAAUUAAAUGGGAUUUAAGAAAAGCUCAACCUUAUGAUGCAUAUGAUCGAGUUGAGUUUGAUGUACCAAUUGGAACAAAAGGUGAUUGCUACGACCGUUAUUUAUGCCGAAUUGAAGAAAUGAGACAAUCAUUAAGAAUUAUUGAUCAAUGUUUAAAUGAUAUGCCAGCUGGUGAUGUCCGAACUGAUGAUGCUAAAUUAUGUCCUCCCACUAGAGCUGAAAUGAAAACUUCCAUGGAAGCUUUAAUUCAUCAUUUCAAAUUGUUCACUCAAGGUUAUCAAGUUCCACCUGGUGCAACAUAUACAGCUAUUGAAGCACCUAAAGGAGAAUUUGGUGUUUAUUUAGUAUCUGAUGGUGAAUCUAAACCUUAUAGAUGUAAAAUUAAGGCACCAGGAUUUGCACAUUUAGCCGCAUUGGAUAAAAUUGGUAAACAUCAUAUGUUGGCCGAUAUUGUUGCAAUUAUUGGAACACUAGAUGUUGUAUUUGGUGAAAUAGAUCGUUAGAUUAAUUUUUAGAUGAUUAAAUAUAAAUAAUAUAUUUUA